AUGCGCUGCGUCCUCUUUCAUCCCUCGGCCGCUGUCCUCGCGUUGGCAGCGGCAUGGGCCACAGUCGCGAGCGCGACCCCAACGGUCGUCCACUCGAUGAUGAGCCAGCAGCCGCCAGUUGCCCGUGUCGGCUCCGAGUUUGUCUUUGACCUCGUUGCCGGAUCGUACGCAUCCAACAGCAGCAGCAACAGCAGCACCACGGCCAUCACCUACUCUGCCACCAGCCUCCCAUCGUGGCUCACCUUUUCACCCUCUGUCACAACUUUUUACGGUGCCCCGCAAGCGUCCGACAUUGGUACCUUCAACGUCACGCUCGUGGCCACCGACGCGACUGGGUCAGUCCGCGACACGGCCGUACUCAUCGUCUCCAACUCUUCCGCACCCACCGUGCAGCAGAGCUUUGCGUCCCAGAUUGCCGAUGCUAGCUCGCGCCAGUUUGCCAGCGCCACCGCCAUGCCCGACAACACGGGUGUCGAGGUGCCGCCUUACUGGUCCUUUUCGCUCGGCUGGAGCGGUAACACGUUCAAGUCGUCGCAAAAGCUUUACUACACGGCGCGUCUUCACGACGGCACCGCGCUCCCCUCGUGGCUCGAGUGGUCCAACACCACAUUCACGUUCAACGGCAACGCGCCCGCCAACGGUACGUACCCUGUCGUGGUCACGGCCACCGACUACUGGGGCUAUUCGGGCGCCGAGACGAGCUUUGUCCUCGCGGUCGGAAACGGCCAGGCCGUCGAGGUCAACAGCACCAACUGGAAGCCCCUCAACACCGUCACCCGUGGUAGCGUAAACUACACCAUUGACACGUCUGGUGUCACGGUGGGUGGCCAGGCGGCCACGGCGUCGCAGUACACUGUCACGCCCGACCUCUCAAACUACAAGUGGCUGUCGUUUGACAAGUCGACCAACAUUCUCACUGGUGUCACCCCGGACGCGUACCUCAACGGCACCAUCGACCCCAUGGCCAUCCCUGUCAACCUGGCCUCGACCAACGCGUCCAACACGCUUGGAUACACGGCCUACGUCAACAUGAACAUUUUCCAAUACUACUUUACAAACUUUACCCUCCCGUCUCUCACUUCUUCCAACGGCUCGACAUUCGAGUACAAUGUUGGACCCUACCUCGUCAACAAGAACGUCAGCGUCAACGCCACAGUCGUCCCCUCCGAGGCCCAGUCGUGGUUAAAGUACUACUACGAAAACUACACCCUCAUCGGGUCGAUCCCGGGCAACGUCACCUAUGACAACCUCAACAUUACGUUCAUGGCCACUGUCCAAGGUGUGAGUGCCACCACAAGCUUUUACGUCAACAUUACUGGCGUCGACGCUACAAACGCCACCACUACACCCGCACCGAUCCCCAUGGCUCCCAUUCAGCACGGCCUGUCCAAGACCAAGAAGAUUAUCAUUGGUGUCGUCGUCGGUGUCGUUGGCGCCCUCCUGAUCCUCCUCGCCUUCCUUCUCUGGUUCUGCUGCUGCCGUCGUAGCCGCGAAGAGCGCCGCAUCGACGAAAAAGUCAAAAUCUACGAGGAGGCAUCGGCCAUGAGCAACCGCACCACCUUGAUCAACAGUCGCCGCACCUCGGGUCGUCCACCAGCGUUCACUCCCGACACGCUCAAGCAUUCGCCUGCUCCUAAAUCAAUUGCCGACUCGGACGCGACCGUCUAUGGUACCCCAAGCACUCCCACGUCCAAGCUCAAGCCCGCGGUCGAGGAAGGUACUCCCCGCCGCUUGGAUUUCAUCAACGGUCUCUUUGGCCCUGGUGACCACUACGAGGACGCAGAAGAAGGUCUUGCUUCGCUCCGCUCAGUGCCCGACUCGGGAUCGUUCUUGGGCAACGGCGACGUGAUUGCCGUCGCCGACCCUGUUCGCCGCCAGAGGGCCGGCACUGGUGUCACGGGAUCUGCCGCGUCCAGCGGCUCGCUUGAGUCCUGGGAGUCGGCAGACUCGUUCCAUUGGUCGGGCGAGGACGUCUACAUGCCCCCACUCGUCGGCGAGCCUACUGCCGAGAGCUCGAGCACUGCCCAUGGCGCCGCUCAGAGCAGCGCGCACGGUGGUGCCGAUGUCAUGGGGGCCGGCGACGAGCCGCGUCCCAAGCCUGGCUUCUACCCGCGCUUCCCUCGCAAGCUCCGUCAAGGCGACCCGAUCCCGUUCAUGUCGUCGGACGACUUGAACGCCUCGUACUCGCAGUUCUCUGAAUUCCACCGUGACGCCUCGAGGCGCUCGCUCGACAGCUUCAAGGACCCAGGAUCGGCCCUGGGCUCGGGCUCGCGCUCGACGUUCAUGUCGCGUAGCGGCUUUGUCUCUGGCGAAGGCUCGGGAUCGAGCAACUCGGCCAUGGGCCGCUUUGCCAGCUCCAACCUGACGUACUCGUCGGUCGAAGAGCCCGCCAUUGUCUCCACCGCGCAGCGCAGGAGUGUCGAGGCCCAGCGCUUGUCUGUCCAUGGCGAGGUCAUUGAUUUCACCCAGCCGGCUCCUGUCCCUGCCCCCGCCGAGCACCUGUACCCCAUCGGAUCGCGCGUGCUUGCUGGACCAGUCAUGCCCACUACCCUCCGCCCACCCCGCCGCCGCGGCAGUUCAAGUCGCAAGACGAGCGCGCACGUGUCCGCUACCCGCGACCACAUUGUCGGCACAAGCCCCGUCCCGGACGCCGAGCAGCUCGACAGCUACUACUACGACGGUGCCGCCACCGAGCGUGGCCACCGCUCCAGGGAUGUCCUCUACACCGCGCCGCUGGACAGGGAAGACGACGUCUUCAGGUGA